AUGGAGGAUAAAUCAUUCAUUGACAAAUAUCUAGGAGUUCCUCAAUGCCUCUCCCAUUCCAAAAAAUCCUCUUUCCUUUUCAUUCUCCAAAAAGCUAGUAAUAAGCUUUCUUUCUGGAACCAAAAGCUUUUCUCCAAAGCUGGCAAAGAAGUCCUGCUCAAAUCGAUAAUCCAAGCUAUUCCCUCUUAUGUCAUGUCAUGUUACCGACUUCCUAUUUCUAUCUAUAAGCACUUUAGCAGUCUCAUGGCUAAUUUCUGGUGGGUAUCCUUGGGAAAUAGGCAUAAGGUUCAUUGGAAAAGAUGGGAUCAGAUUUGUAGGUCAAAACUCUAUGGGGGUCUUGGGUUUUGUCAAAUAAGUCACCAUAAUCAAGCUAUGUUGGCCAAGCAGGCUUGGCGUAUUUUCACUAACCCCAAUUCAUUGGUUGCUUCUCUUUAA